AUGUCCGACGAGGAGGAAGUGUACUCUGAUGAGGAAGUCAUUGAGGAGGAAGAAGAGGUAGAGGAAACCGAAACUGCUGCUGAAGAAGCCGCAGAAGAAGCUCCAGAAAAGGAAGAAGAAGAACCCGAAAGUCAUGCUGAAGAAGAAGCUCCAGUUGAGAAAAAAACUCGUCCUCCACCUGCACAGGAAGAAAAGCCUCCUGCAGAGCUAACUGAAGCUGAAGCUGCUAUGUUGGCCGCCAAAAAACGUCAUGAGGAAGAGCAGGCAGCCAAGCUUUUGGAUUAUGAACAGAGAAGAGUUUUGGAGAAGGAGAAGAUCGAAGAGGAAUUGCGCGACUUGAAAGAGAAGCAAGAGCGUAGAAGAGCUGAGAGAGAGCAAGAAGAGAAGGAGUUUGCUGAGAGAAGACGCCAAGAUGAAGAACGUAGACGCAAAGAAGAAGAAGAGAGAAAAGCUCAUAUUGAAGCUGAAAAGCAUCGCAAGAAUGAGGAGAAAAUUCGUCGUCAAAACCUUAUGGCUGGAUCUUUCAACGCUGCUACUUCUGCAGCACAGGGAGGAAAGAACUUUGUUGUCAACAAAAGUGAAAGUGCUGGUGAGCCCGCACCACAGAAAACCAAAUCUGGAAAGGUUGGUCCUUCUGCAGAGCAGUUGGAAGAGAUGAAACGCUCUUUCUUGGCUGCUUUGUGCCGCCCAGUUGAUGUAUCAGGAGCUCUUCCUAAUGAUUUGAAAGAGAAAAUUAAAACUCUGCAUACUCGUAUCGUCAGACUCGAGGCUGAGAAGUAUGAUCUUGAAAAACGCUUCGAGCGUCAAGAAUACGACUUGAAAGAACUGGGUGAGAGACAAAAGCAAGCUGCACGUAACAAGGCUCUGAAGAAAGGACUUGAUCCUGAAGAGGCCGCCAAAUCACCACAUCCCCCUAAGAUCACCGUCGCCUCUAAGUUCGAUCGUCAGAUCGAUAGAAGAUCCUAUGUUGACAGAAGAACAUUGUUUAACGAUCCUAUUGUUCGUAAACCAUAUGCUCUUGCUCGUGGAACAGCACGCCCUCCUACAGACUGGGGACGUAAAGGCAAUGAAGAAUUGGAGCAAAUUCGUAAGAAUUUGGAGCCACCAAAAUACACUGAGCAAGUGAAAGCUGAGGGUGACGCUGCUAAGCCACCUGUCCAACCAAUUCCUCUUCAAGUUCCUCAGAAUGAAUUUGAGGACGCUCCAGCCGAAGCUCCAGCUGAGCCUGCCGCUGAGGCUGCACCAGUCGCUUAA